UUUUUCUGUGUUCGCGACGGCCUCCAGCCUGUAAGGAGGCUCAAUUUUCUGCGGUCGCCCUGGCAGGGACUUGGACCUCCCUCUGGCCAGCCUCCGCCCACGGCACCGGCGCGGGAAGCACGUGCACGGCGAGCUCCGAGGCCCGCGCACGCCCGCCGGCUUCGCCACGCCAGCCUGAGGCAAGUCCUCGGGUAGGGGGUCGGCGACAGAAUUGACGUACCCCAGACUUCACUGCUCUCGUCGGAUCCACGAAGCAUGCGAAGACUGCUCCGCUGUUCUGCGGACCGUCUCGCGCAUCUCCGUCGACUCGGCGAACACUCGCAUCUCGGGGCAGGCCGCUUCUGCGGCCCCCCCCCCCCCCGCAGUCGAAGUGCGCGAGCAGCAUGCCCCGAGCGCCUGGGCCGCGGGGGGUCGCGCCCCAACAUCCUCCCGUUUGCGGCUCGCAGGGAGGAGGAGGAGGAGGAGGAGGAGGAGGGGGAGGAGGAGGAGGAGGAGGAGGAGGAGGAGCGCUCCGGUGGGGACGGCGCGCGGCCGGCGCGGCGCCACUCGUGCAGCCUCCAGGCGCCCAUGCUGCGCAUACGCAGGAAUCGGGCGCGGCAGGGGGGGGGGCGCGGUCUGUACACGGGCCUCCUGGGAAGCGCCUGGACGGCGCCAGCGCGGGCAAAGGCCAGCGCGGAGGUGAGGGGAAGGGGGGAGAGGAGGAAGAGGAGAGGAGAGAGGGAGGCCGCUGCCGCAUGGUACAGUUCCCGUGCUUCAGAGAAUUGUCUGCGGCAGCCUAAGAAGUCAAAUGGGAGAAACGAAUUGGCGCUCGUCCUGUGGGGGGUCGUGCCCCAAAAUCUUCCCGUUUACAGGCUCCUGCAGCGCAAUUAG